ACAGUUGAGUGGCUCGAUUCACGUACUUUGUUCCCGUGAGGUCUGUAAAAGACACAACCGCAGCGUGUUAGUCAGGAAGCUGAUUACAGCUGCCACCUGUGUUUGACAGACGCUCUGAACCUGGAGGGACGACGGGGAAGUUUGUCAGGUUUGAAGGCUUCUCGCUCCCGGUCAGAAUGUGGCUGGUGGUCGUUUCCGUGACGCUGCUUCCCGCCGUCACCAUGGUUUCCAGCCGGUAUCGCGUGAAAGUGGCCGUGCUGUGCCACCGGGUCCUGUCCUGGGCUCUGAGGCUGGUGCGAGGGGGAGUGUGCGUAAGAGACACCCACGCCUUCGUGUUCUCCAACUGCACCCACGGCAAAGCGGACAGCGUCCUGGAGACCUUUGACCUCUACGCGGAGACGCACCAGUGUCUCUGCAUCGGCCCCCAGACUGGUGAGGCGCUGGAUAAGGUGGUGAAGCGCGUCCGUCCUCUCCGGGCCCUGGAGCUGGGGACGCACUGCGGCUACAGCUCAGUCCGCCUCCUGCGUCUGCUGCCCCCUGGUGGCAGACUCAUCACGGUGGAGCUGGACCCAGUCACAGCAGACCUGGGGGAGGAAAUCAUACUGGUGUCUGGCUUCAAACACUCCCAGUUCCAGGUGCUGACCUCCAGCUCGGCUGAGGCCAUCCCAACGGUGCGCUCAUUUCUCGAGCCCAGUCAGGGGAACGACGGAGGCGUCAGUCUGGUGCUAAUGGACCACGAUUCCCAGCAGUACCUCCCGGACCUGCUGGCCCUGGAGAGAGAGGAGCUGCUCUGCCCCUCCGGCUGCUCCAUCGUGCUGAUCAGGAGGAACCGAAGUGCCGACGACCUCAGAGGAAUCCUGGAUCACGUCGGAGCGAGAGCAGACUGCUACUGCAUCAAGACAGAGCUUCAGUGUUUGGUGGAGAUCUUCUACCAGAAGGGAAGUGCAAGGGCGGAAGGUGACGGCGGCAACACAUAAAGAAAACAUGUGGACUUUAAUGAACUAAUAGUGUUAUAAAUGUCAUCAUAUAAGUAUUGUUUGUCAAAGAACUGACGAUUUUAUAAGUAAUAAAAUGCAACUAUAUUAAGUAAAAUAGCAUAAAUGACCCUUCACAUCUCUGCAAUUAUAAAUAUUAGAUUUUAUUGCUGGGAUUCACCUACUUAUGUGUUUUGUAUAUUUAAAAAUAACUUGUUUUUGUUCACUUUAUGUCACGUACACACUGUAUAUCCUCCACAUGGUGCUCACACAGUCACCUCACCUCACAAUAAAACAAAGAACCAUA